AUGGUAUGCGCUGCGGAUCUCCUACACUUCCGUCCUCUUGGAACCCUGAGCGCUGCCCUCGCCCCGACUCGCCCCAACUUCUAUCUCCCCCGCCCCACUAGAAGGAUGAAGUUGUACAUUUCAGUACUUCUCUUCGCGGCAUUCUCGGUCGCCGCGCCAGUGCCACAACCCCAGCUACCAGCACUACCCUUGGUGGGUGGCAUACUGCCCCUCGUCAACAACCUCCUCCAGCCUGUGACUGGAAUUGCAGCUGGCCUUCCCCAGCCCGUCGGACCGCUUGUUGCGAACCUGUUAGGAACUGUCGGAGGGAUUGCAAACACCGUUGCAUAG